AUGUCGACCUUAGAAGUUUGUACAAUUCCUACUAAACCUUACAAUGACCAAAAACCAGGCACAAGUGGUUUAAGAAAGCGUGUCAAAGUUUUCCAACAGGAAAAUUACACGCAUAAUUUUAUUCAAGCUAUCUUGGAUUCAAUGCCUGCUCCUGGAGCUAAAGGCUCUACAUUGGUUGUUGGAGGUGAUGGAAGAUAUUAUUCUAAAGAAGCAAUUGAAAUAAUUAUUCGUGUAGCAGCUGGAAAUAAGGUUUCUAAAUUGAUCAUCGGACAAAAUGGAAUUUUGUCCACUCCUGCUGCUUCAAAUCUUAUUCGUGUUCUUAAGGCUGAUGGUGGUAUACUUCUUACCGCUUCUCAUAAUCCGGGAGGUCCGGAUAAUGAUUUUGGUAUAAAGUUCAAUGUAAAUAACGGAGGUCCUGCUCCAGAGAAUAUCACUAAUUUGAUCUAUGAAAAAUCAAAAGAUAUCAAACAAAUUUUCUUAUGUGAAUUUCCUGAGAUCGAUUUAUCUACAAUUGGUGAACGCCAAUUUGAUGGGUUUACGAUAAAAAUUGUGGAUUCUGUACACGAUUACGUCAUUCUAUUAAAAGAAAUUUUUGAUUUUGAUUUAAUCAAGAAUUUCUUUGUAAAAAAUCCGGAUUAUACAGUUUUAUUUGAUGGAAUGCACGGAGUAACGGGACCUUAUGGUAAAAGGAUUUUUAUUGAAGAACUUGGUCUUCCCCAAUCCUCUGUUCAAAGUUGUAUUUCAUUACCAGAUUUUGGUGGAGGUCAUCCUGACCCAAAUCUUACUUAUGCUCAUGAUCUUGUUAAACGUGUUGAAAAAGAAAAUAUUAAAUUUGGUGCUGCAUCUGAUGGGGAUGGGGAUCGUAAUAUGAUCUAUGGCAAAGGUGCAUUUGUCAACCCGUCAGAUUCAGUAGCAAUAAUUGCUGCCCAUGCUGAAUUAAUUCCAUAUUUUAAAAGAACUGGGAUAAAAGGUUUAGCUCGUAGUAUGCCAACAAGUGCAGCAAUUGAUCUAGUUGCAAAAAAUAAAGGUGUCGAAAUGUUUGAAGUUCCUACUGGUUGGAAAUUUUUUGGUAAUCUUUUGGAUGCUGGUAGAUUAUCAAUUUGUGGUGAAGAGAGUUUUGGAACUGGAUCUGAUCAUAUUCGCGAAAAAGAUGGCUUAUGGGCUAUUGUUGCAUGGAUCAAUAUUAUUGCCGCGAUAAAUGAAAAGAAACCUGGUGUAGGUAUCAAAGAAAUUCUUUUUAAUCAUUAUGAAACCUAUGGUCGCAACUUUUUUACGAGAUAUGAUUAUGAAGAAGUGGAUGGUGAAAAUGCAAAAAAAGUGAUUAUGCACCUUCAUCAUUUGAUUGGUGAAGGCAAGAAUGAAUUUAUUGGGAAAACCUUUGGUCAAUUUAUAGUAUCAAAAGCCGAUGAUUUUGAAUAUUGCGAUCCAAUUGAUGGCAGCGUGUCUAAAAAUCAAGGUAUUCGUAUAAUCUUUACCGAUAAUUCACGAAUUGUUAUUCGACUUAGCGGUACGGGAAGCCAAGGUGCAACAAUUAGAUUAUAUAUAGAAAAAUAUUCAAAAAAUCCUUUUGAUUAUGAAAUGGAUAAUCAAAUAGCAUUAAAACCAUUAAUUGAAGUUGCUUUGGAAAUUACUAAACUUCAAGAAUUCACGGGAAGAGAAAAACCCACAGUUAUUACAUAA